UCGGCUCUGUGCGUCACGCAGAGGAGACCCGGAGCCGCGGUUUGAAUGGCUGUUCUCAGUCAGACUGGAGGGGCUUGUUCAUGCACAGACCACCAGAACAAGGCAUGGCUGGGAAGCCUUUCCGGGCUACCUAUAUCUGGACCAGCAUCAUUUCCAAUCUCCACACCCAUGUGGAGGUCAAGCGACGGCGCCACAACCUCAAGUCCUACCAGGACUGCUUCCUGGGCUCGGAGGCCGUGGAUGUGGUGCUGGCACACAUCACCCUGAACCGAUUCUUCGGCGACGAGGCGGUGCCGCGCUACAAGGCGGUCCGCCUCUGCCAGGCCCUCAUGGACUCCAGAGUGUUUGAGCCGGUGGGAAUUAAAGUCUUCGGGAAGGAGAAGAAGAAAGCCACGUUUGAAGACAGCAGCUGCAGUCUGUACAGGUUUUUGAGCCCAGCAGCAAACUCCUCAUCGCCGAUGACGAACUCCCACUCCACCAGUACUAUUGAGAGCGGCUAUGACUCGCCGAGCAUCAACAGGAACAAAAGCAGCUACAGUCCGUCACGUGAGAGACGAGAGGAGCUGAGCUUCCCCCCCAACUCCCCGGUGAAAACAGACAAAUCACUGGAGGACGUGCUGAGAAACCUCAACCUCAACUCCGCCAUCACCCCCCAGAUGAUCAACCUCGGCCUGUCGCAGGAGUUGGUGGAUGAAGUGUGGCACCAGCAGGCAGUGUUUAGGCUGCUGCAGCUGAUAGAGCUCCCCCUGGUGGAGGGUUUGUUGGAGGGUAAGAGCGCCUCGCAGGCCCCCCUGCAUGGCAUGGACAGUGACCCCGACCUGCUGUACACGUCCAGCUACCUGGACCGAGAGGUGCUGAAAGCCUUCAGCGAAGCGCAGGCCGAUGCCUGGAUGUCCGGGGCGGUGGACUGCCUGGAGUUUCUGCCCGAUGACCUGGUGGUGGAGGUCAGUCGAGGCCUGGCCGGCUAUGCAGACAACCUGCCGCAGUGUAAGAAGCUGCUCUAUCGCGUCCUGACUCAGCAUUAUGGACACGCGCAACAGCCGCCUCUGCUCAACAACCACAUCUUUGACAUCCACUCCGGCAUCUCCGAACUUCUCGUGAACGGGAAGCGAGACCAAGCUCUGGAGACGCUCCAGCUGAGCCUGAAGCUGCAGGACUCGCGCAGCAGGGAGGAGCUGCGCAGGCUUCUGAGAUUCAUGGCCGUUGCGGCCAUGCCACAGGAGGUCAAGCUGCACAAAGAGAUUGAGAACAGGAUGGCGGUGAAGAGGUCUUUCUCAGGUGCCAUCGUGUACAGCAGGAGACUCUCCAAAGGAAAGGUGGACCUGAUGGUCCUGUUCAUGAUGGAUAACCACUGCGAUCUCUUCAAAAUUCCCGUCUCGUUGCACAAGAUGGUUAGUGACAGAAUAAUUAAUAUUGUGAAGGGGAGAGAUCCAGAUUUAGUAACAGGGUUAACAUACUGCACCAGAUCCAGUCCCAAGGCCUACUCGGAAAAUGCCCAAAAAACCACUAAAGAGGAGCUUUUGUCCUUACUGCAGACGAUCCACGAGAACCCCAAACUCUCCACCAAAGAAAAGAGGCGGCUGCUGGGGCAGUUUUAUAAAGGUCACCCAGAGAUUUUUGUUCAGUACUUUGGAAACAGGCUGUCCACUGUUAACAUGCUGCUGCAGUAAUAUUUAUUAGUAACCAGCAUAGAUUAAGACGACCAGAACGUUUUGAGAAAGAGGUUCAGUUUUGAGUUCAUUUUAUGUUGUAAAUAGUAAAAAAUGCCUGAAAAAAAGAAUGUGAAUUUUAAAUGUAUAGAUUCUUAAUAAGCUGUGAUAUUUAUGGACAGAUUGUCUUAGAUGUUUUGUUCAGUGCAGGACACUAACAUGUAUCGUCCCUGUCAGACUGUUACUUUCCGAGAAAGACCAAAUAAACCCGGGGUUCUUCACGGGGUUUUUCACAUCGUCUGCAGUGCAUCUUGAUGGCAUUACAAGCCUGCGUCUCGCUUUUCAAUAGGCAGAUUCUUUGUGGAUGUGCAAUAGGAACAGUGUUCAUGUGGUUUCUCAUAUACAGUGCGAUGCAGUGCAUAACGAUGAGCGAGCAGCCUUCAAACGGAAAUUGGAAAUUCGACAUCUAAAAGUCUGAUGUUAUGCUGUAGUAAACAGAAAGAGGCAUUCAUGAGAGUCGGCCCUCUGGCUUUUCUCUGUUGGUUGCAACAAAUCAACAAAACAGAUGUUGGUAGCUUCUCAGUGGCGGGAAUCUUUUGGCUGCGUUUUAGUGGCGUCUUCAGGGUUUAAGUCGUGAAUGAGGUUUGGAUUAUCCUUUUAAUCGUUUGAGGAAAUUGCUUUCACGUUUCCAGAUUGAACCCAACAAACAUCCUGUUUGUGUUUUUCCUCAAAUAUCCAUACAUGACUGUGUUUCAAUGCAACGUGUGGGACUGACAAGAAAAAGCAGCCGAUUACUCCUGGUAGGGUGUGGACUCUUAUCCAAUGCAAGAAAAUGUUUGAGACAAUCGCUAAUAUUGUGCGUCAGUUCUGGUUGACUCAGUGAGGCUUUAUCAGUUCAACGUUGUGGUGUAAUUAUAACCUCUAAUGCUGCUGUAUACUACUGAAGUUCACUGUUCACUAAAAAAAGGCAUCAGAUUGUUUUUCUGUAUGAUGAAAAUAAAUGAAUGAAA